GAACCCGGAAGCGAUUUCCUCGCCCCGGUAGCGGCGGAAUGGAAAGCUAAAGGCCUUUAAAGACCUGGAAUCUCCUGGUUUCGGGAGGUGGUGAGGGGUGUGUGGCUCUGAGCUGCGAGGACAGUAAAGGACAAUAAAGAGCCUGUGGGCAAGAGGCUCUCCGAGUCCAGAGAUCGUAGCUUUGGAGGUGCGGGUUAGGGACCGUGGCCAAACGCGCUGGGCGGCUUCUGGUGGCGACCGAGUUUUCCCGUUACAGGAAGUUGGGCCUGGCCUCUAGGAAAGAGAGGGGAAGGAGGAAAGAGAAAACGGCCUCCCGCCCCCCGGGUGGCUGUUCCACCCACUGAGUUGAAUGUAGCGGCCCGGGAGGUACUGGGCCCCUCGACGGGUGAGACGAGGAGGAGCACGAUCCAGACUGUUCGAGAGAAACGGAGAGGUGGGAGGCCGAACUAUCUCCAUCCAUAUCCAGUUUCUCCAGCCAUGGGAAAUCCGGAAAACAUAGAAGAUGCUUAUGUUGCUGUUAUUCGUCCAAAGAAUGCUGCCAGUCUCAAUUCUCGGGAAUACAGAGCUAAGUCAUAUGAAAUUUUAUUGCAUGAAGUUCCCAUUGAAGGACAGAAAAAAAAAAAAAAGAAAGUUUUAUUGGAAACUAAACUUCAAGGCAACAGUGAAAUAACACAAGGCAUAUUGGAUUAUGUAGUAGAAACCACCAAACCAAUCUCUCCUGCAAACCAGGGUAUUAGAGGAAAACGAGUGAUAUUAAUGAAGAAAUUUCCUCUGGACGGGGAGAAGAUGGGCAGAGAAGCAGCAUUAUUUAUUGUCCCAUCAGUUGUCAAAGAUAAUACUAAAUAUACAUAUACUCCAGGAUGCCCAGUUUUUUAUUGCCUACAAGAUAUCAUGCGAGUCUGCAGUGAAUCUAGCACUCACUUUGCUACGCUUACAGCAAGAAUGUUAAUAGCCUUGGAUAAGUGGUUAGAUGAACGUCAUGCACAGUCUCACUUUAUUCCAGCUUUAUUCCGACCUUCUCCUCUUGAGCGGAUAAAAACUAAUGUUAUAAACCCUGCAUAUGCUACCGAAUCAGGUCAGACAGAAAACUCUCUACAUAUGGGCUAUAGUGCACUAGAAAUAAAGAGUAAAAUGUUGGCCCUCGAGAAAGCAGAUGCCUGUAUUUACAACCCUUUGUUUGGAUCAGAUCUUCAGUAUACAAAUCGGGUAGAUAAAGUGGUAAUAAAUCCAUACUUUGGCCUAGGCGCUCCAGACUACUCAAAAAUCCAGAUUCCUAAACAGGAAAAAUGGCAGAGGAGUAUGAGCAGUGUCACAGAAGACAAGGAACGACAGUGGGUAGAUGAUUUUCCUCUCCAUCGAAGUGCCUGUGAAGGAGAUACGGAAUUAUUAAGCCGACUUCUCAAUGAAAGAUUUUCAGUCAACCAAUUAGAUAGUGACCACUGGGCACCUAUUCAUUAUGCAUGCUGGUAUGGAAAAGUUGAAGCAACACGCAUAUUGUUAGAGAAAGGAAAGUGCAAUCCAAACCUUUUAAAUGGACAACUUAGUUCUCCUCUUCAUUUUGCUGCUGGAGGAGGACAUGCUGAAAUAGUACAGAUUCUCCUAAACCAUCCAGAAGUUGACAGACAUAUAACAGAUCAACAAGGACGAUCUCCUUUAAAUAUCUGUGAAGAAAACAAACAAAAUAAUUGGGAAGAUGCUGCAAAAUUGUUGAAGGAAGCCAUUAACAAACCAUAUGAAAAAGUUAGGAUAUACAGAAUGGAUGGAUCUUACCGUUCUGUUGAACUGAAGCAUGGAAAUAACACCACAGUGCAGCAGAUAAUGGAAGGAAUGCGUCUCUCUCAAGAAACACAGCAGUAUUUCACUAUCUGGAUCUGUUCAGAAAAUCUAAGCCUUCAGCUCAAGCCUUAUCAUAAACCACUGCAACAUGUUCGUGACUGGCCAGAAAUUCUUGCUGAAUUGACUAAUUUGGAUCCCCAAAGGGAAACACCACAGCUUUUCCUAAGAAGAGAUGUGAGACUUCCUUUGGAAAUUGAGAAAAAGAUUGAAGACCCACUAGCUAUUCUCAUUCUUUUUGAUGAAGCCAGAUAUAAUUUAUUGAAGGGCUUUUAUACAGCUCCUGAUGCUAAACUGAUAACAUUGGCAAGUCUGCUGUUGCAAAUAGUUUAUGGAAAUUAUGAGAGUAAAAAACACAAGCAAGGUUUCCUAAAUGAAGAAAAUCUAAAAUCCAUUGUACCUAUUACCAAAUUGAAAAGUAAGGCACCUCACUGGACAAAUAGAAUACUUCAUGAAUACAAGAAUCUUAGUACAAGUGAAGGUAUCAGUAAAGAAAUGCAUCACCUUCAGCGUAUGUUCUUACAGAAUUGUUGGGAAAUCCCUACAUAUGGAGCAGCUUUUUUCACAGGACAGAUAUUUACAAAGGCCAGCCCUAGUAACCAUAAAGUCAUCCCUGUGUAUGUAGGUGUGAAUAUAAAAGGACUUCAUCUCCUCAACAUGGAAACUAAGGCUUUACUCAUCAGUCUUAAGUAUGGUUGUUUUAUGUGGCAGUUGGGAGAUGCUGAUACUUGUUUUCAGAUCCAUAGUAUGGAAAAUAAAAUGAGCUUUAUUGUACAUACAAAACAGGCCAGCCUUGUGGUAAAACUACUAAUGAAGCUAAAUGGACAGUUAAUGCCAACUGAAAGGAAUUCAUGAGAGGAAAGCAACUGAUACCUAAGCCACCACAUUUUGUAAUGUAGAUUUUUUUCCGUGAAAGAUUUCUUCAACUUACAUUUAACAAGGCAUUUAGUCUCUUGUAAUAUAUAUGUAUACUACUACAUUGUACAGAAUCUGUACUUAUGUUUGGUGUGUAAGAUACCAGUUAGUUUUAUAUAAUAUCCACAUAAGCUAAUUAGUUUUUAAGAGAAACACACAAAAAGGUAUAGACUGAUAGCCUGUAUAAUAUUAGACAAAAUAGUAGACUUAUAAAAAGUUAUUUUUGGUAAAUGUAAAGAAUUUAGAGUGGAAUGUGAUGAAAUUAAAAUGUAGCUUUGCUAUGACUUUGUGUGUCAUUUCAAAAUUUAAAGUCAACAUGAUUUGAAUAAAAUUGUUUUCUACUUAAAGCAUAUAUAACACUGUUACUUAAAAUGUUUUUUUCAUAACCUAUGAACAUUUCUCAACAAUGUUUUUAAAAGACGUAGUUAGAAUGUUUAUCUAGUAUCAGCUAGUAUUUCUCAAAGUGCUGUAGUUCUCGAACGCCCUGCAUUCUAAUUACGUGUGUGCCUCUUUAAAAAUAAGAAUUUCAGGGGCUCAUUCUAGACAAGUUCAUUCACUCUCUUGGAAUCAGCAGGGCCUGGGAAUAUUUUCUUAAGUUUUAAUUUGUUUUCUGUUGAAAUAAUUCUAAACCCAGUAUGAAUUUAGAUUAUUAAAGUUAAGUAAAUUAUACAAAACUGUCUGGCAUACAAGCACAUACAUACAAUAAUCCCUGGAUAUUAGUAGUUACAUUUAUUCAGAACCUGUAUUUUUAUGAGGUGGCGCAAUGAUGUAUUUAUAUUACCUUUACAUUAUAUGAAGUAGAUCACCAAAUACCUGGUUGUUAUAUUUAGGAGAGUACUGAUGUCAUGUUAGGUGCUAACUUUAUUAAUCUGCUAUUUAAAAAGCUUAGGAAUUAGUCUUUCCAAACUUACAGAUUGAUGUCUUCUAAGUUCAGAGAUAGAACAGUCAUAUUUAAAAUUAUUCUACCAAUUGCAGAUGAUAUUUUUGUAUCAUCAUCUACUCUUCCCAUUGACUUCUGCAUAUCUUUAAUAGUGGUCUGCUGAGCUUUAUUAAAAUUAUGUAGUUAAGUUUAAUGAGAAAGCAGAUUUUUCUUUUAAUUCUGUGCUUAGCACUUUCAACUCUCCAUAGACAGUGCUCAAUAGCCUCAACUGCUACCAAAUACCCUGUUGACUCCUAAACCUAAAACUUUAGCCUCAAUUUCUGUCUCAUGCUUUUUUUUUCCUUUUUAAGGCCACACCUGUGGCACAUGGAGGUUCCCAAGCUGGGGGUCAAAUGAGAACCAUCAGAGCCAUGGCAACACCAGAUCUGAGCCACAUCUGCCACCUGCACCACAGCUUAAUGGCAGUGCCAGAUCCUUAACCCACUGAGCAAGGCCAGGGAGCCAGCAUGCAUCAUCAUGGACACUAUGUUGGGUUCUUAACCUUAUGAGCUACAUGGGAACUCCCUGCACAUAAAUUUUAAAAAUUUUAAAGUACUUUACAGAAUCACAACUUGCUAUAUAAGUGCUGAUAACUUACAAAAAAUAUAUGUAGAUUUAAUGGAA